GUUACUUUAGUUUUAGUAUAGUAGUUAAACGUAAGGUUUGGUUCCCUAAAGACGGCCAAUGAUUAAUUAUUAAUUAAAUAGUGUGAAAUUUUAAAUUGGAAGAAAUUUUCUUUUCAAUAUGGCGGCCAUAGUUGACGGUUUCAACUAUGUUUUCUAUGAUUUGUGUGAUACCAGAACACGCGACUGGUUUCCUUCACCAAUUUUACUGCUCACCAUUUUCCCAACAUAUAUAUAUUUCUCCAACACUUUGGGACCUGCGCUCAUGAAAGACAGAAAACCCUUCAAAUUGAAAAGAGUUAUAUUCUACUACAAUAUCUUCCAAGUUCUUAUUAGCGCUUAUAUAUUUUAUGAGGGAUUAUUUUCCGGUUGGCUGAAUGGAUACGAUGUGACUUGUCAACCUAUUGAUAUGACUGAAAACCCUCUAUCGACUAGAAUGGCAAAUGCAGUAUGGUGGUACACCGUAGUGAAACUAAUAGACUUGCUUGAUACAGUAUUCUUCGUUUUGAGAAAGAAAGACAGACAGAUCUCUUUCCUGCACGUUUUCCAUCAUUCUAUGAUGCCCAUAGCGUCUUAUAUUGCACUUAAAUAUUUCCCGAAUGGUCACGCAACCCUCCUUGGAGUGAUCAACAGCCUCGUCCACGUUGUGAUGUACACCUACUAUCUGAUAUCAGGUCUUGGACCCAAAUACCAGAAGUACUUGUGGUGGAAGAAGCAUCUCACUACUAUGCAAUUGGUCCAGUUCGGCAUAAUCUUCAUUCACAACCUAUCAGCCAUUUACCAAGACUGUGGCUACCCGAGAUGGAUCUCCUGUCUUCUCUGCAUCCACUCCCUCCAAUUCUUAUACAUGUUUGGAAACUUCUACUACGUCAGCUACAUCAAGCCAAGUCCAAAACCAGAGACCCAGAAUGGAAGUGUCAACCAUUCUGCUGGCAAAAGUAAAUUGAACUGAUCAUUUCUGGCUGAACUGAUCAGUGCUUCCAAUGAUGAAGAGGAAAGUUUUAGAGGAAGCGUUAUACUAGUCGUAGGUGUUUGAAGAUGGUAUUUGGCUGCGUCUGUAUUAGAUUUAUAUAGUAGUAACACAAAACAAAGAUGUGCAGUUGUGAAGCUAGGUACUAGCGUUCGUAAGAAUGUCACUCACACACGCAUGUGCAUAGACGAGCUUUUACCGGUGUUAUAGGUGCUGUCAGUACUGAGUGUCGUGCAUCGAGCACAUGCGUGUGUGAGUGACAUUGUUACAAACGUUAAUAUCUAGCUUCACAACUGUUUACAAGAGAAUAUAUUUAAACUGUGGUAGUAAUGUGCAUUUAGAACAAAUGAACUAGAGCUAAAAGUAACAAAGUCUUUCUAUGUAAAUACAUGCGGAGCAUUGUUUUCUUGUUUUAAAUUCUAGGAGAAUUCAAAAGGCUCGUUUAGUUUAAAUGCAUCGUUAGAAGGAUCGAUUCGGGUCCCUUCAUUUGGAAGGCAUAUCAGACUUGUAAAAUGUUUGAUAGAAUGCUCUGUCGUUAGUCCAUUAGGUUCCUUUAAUUGGAAGUUAUUUAUGUUAUUGUGAUCCAAGUGUGGCAUGAUUGCUUUGUAUAUUUCAGGUUCAGUUCUCUACCACUUCUCUAGCAUUGGAUACAUAUUUUUAAAAAUAUGUAUCCAAUGCUAGAGAAAAGGAUACAUUCUACAACCAUUGUAUCACGCAUACGAAUAUUGUUAAAUCCUUUCUUUAAGUCCUGUAACGUCGGUAAGGUCGUGAACGAACAGUAAUUGUAGCUUUUAGUGUAGAUUUAUGAAAUUAUUAGUUAAGUAGGAACUUGCUAUAACCCAAUGUUAUAAUAUUAAGUGUUACCAGAUCUGCAACUAGUUUCAAUUAUUGUUUCAAUGUAUGUAUGUAUAAUCAAAAACAAAAACGCUGCAAAGAAGAGAAUAAAUUAUUUGGGUAAUGUGUUAAAUUUA